AUGGAGGCGAUUACCCAUGGUUCCUACGCCAACCAUCCAUCCUACCAGCGCAUCGAGUUCGUCGGCGACACUGUCCUCGGCCUUGCGGUUUCUCACUACCUGUACAAAAGGUACCCAGACAUCGGCUCCGACGACCAAACCACCCUCCGCCGCACCAACGUUUCAAAUGAGAAGCUCUCUCGCGUGGCCGUCCGCCUCGGUCUCUACCGUUUCCCCCGCCGCAACUCCCCUAGCCUUGAUCAAGCGGUGAGUGAUUUCACGGAUCUAGUGACGAGGGAGGAGGAAGAAGACGAUGGAAACUCAUCUGAACCUUUCAGUCAGGUGAACGAUUUCACGGAUCUAGUGACGAGAGAGGAGGAAGAAGACGGUGGAAGGAUUUCCUACUGCGAUAGCAUUGUAGAAGCCUGCACAAUAUUGGCUGAUAUGGUCGGGUCCAUCGCACUAGCAUUCUAUUGGGAUUCCGACCUCAAAUUAGUGGGGAAGGUAAACUAG